AUGAAGCGCAUCAACAGGGCUGGUCCCGAGUUCGUUGCGUUUGGCGUAUGGAACGCGAUAUUGUCCUGGCAAUUUCCUGUCGGUGAAGGCUAUAUCACGCGACCUCAGGAUAAACACACAUCGCAAUCAGGAAGGAAAGGCUAUUCGGACUUGCAUACCUUUCACUACCCAGAAAAUGGAAACAAGGCCACCAAAUUCCUGAUUACCCAGUGUAAGAGGAAGGGCCUAGAAGGCCGGGAAUCUGUCUGGCAAGAUGGGGCUGCGCAGUUGCGUCAGUAUCUCAGUGCCACUCACAAGACACGCUCCAAGGGCAAACGGACCCCCGUUUACGGUAUAAUUACCGUGGGGAGAUAUAUGCGUGUGUAUAAGUACUCUGAUACACAAAAGGAUAUUGUGGAUUGGGCCCCCCGGGGUGUGGAAAAGGGCAGGUACUUGGAUCUUCAGGAUGAUGUAGAUCGUCCUAGGAUCGCCAAAAUCCUUGACUAUAUCAGGGAUAACCAUUGA